UGAGGAGCCAUCGAGCUCGGCUCCCGGAGCAACAGCACCUCAGUCCACCGGUAACGACACCGACGCGACGCGAAAAUAAAACGGCGACAGAGACAGCACCGCCGGGCGGCUCGGCUGGCGUCGACGCGGCUCGCGAACAGGGACGCCGCAGACAUGAACGGGAUCACCAAGGGCCGCUUCGAGGUGUUCUCAAGCAGUGAUGAAGCCCCCAUCAAUAAGAAGCUCCCCAAAGAGCUCCUGCUUAGAAUAUUCUCCUAUCUGGACGUGGUCACCCUCUGCCGGUGUGCUCAAGUCUCCAAGGCCUGGAAUGUUCUGGCGCUGGACGGCAGCAACUGGCAGAAGAUCGACUUGUUCAACUUCCAAACGGACAUCGAGGGCCGUGUGGUGGAGAACAUCUCCAAGCGGUGUGGAGGAUUCCUGAGGCAGCUCAGCUUGCGGGGAUGCCUGAGCGUGGGCGACGCGGCCAUGAGAACUUUUGCACAGAACUGUCGUAACAUCGAAGUGUUGAACCUGAACGGCUGCACCAAGAUCACAGACAGCACCUGCCUCAGCCUCAGCAAGUUCUGCUCCAAACUCAAACAUCUGGACCUCACCUCCUGCGUCUCCGUCACCAACCAUUCCCUCAAGGCCCUCAGCGACGGCUGCCGCAUGUUGGAGACGAUGAAUCUGUCCUGGUGCGACCAGAUCACGCGCGACGGCAUCGACGCUCUUUCCCGAGGCUGCGCUGCAUUACGGACACUCUUCCUCAGAGGCUGCACACAACUGGACGACGGCGCCUUGAAACAUUUGCAGAAGCACUGCCAAGAGCUCACCGCCAUCAACUUGCAGUCGUGCACGCAAAUCACUGAUGAUGGUCUGGUGAGUCUGUGCCGAGGAUGCCACAAGCUGCAGAUCCUCUGCGUGUCGGGCUGCGGCAACAUCACGGACGCCUCCCUCAUCGCACUGGGACUCAACUGUCCUCGACUCAAGAUCCUCGAAGCUGCUCGAUGUUCCCACGUGACGGACGCCGGCUUCACCGUGCUGGCCAGGAACUGCCACGAGCUUGAAAAAAUGGACUUAGAAGAAUGUAUUUUGGUGACAGAUAACACUUUGGUUCAGCUGUCCAUCCAUUGCCCCCGUCUGCAAGCUUUGUCUCUGUCUCACUGCGAGCUGAUCACGGACGACGGCAUCCGGGCACUGAGCGCGAGCGCCUGCGGCCAGGAGCGUCUGAGCGUGGUGGAGUUGGACAACUGCCCGCUCAUCACCGACGUCACCCUGGAGCACUUGAAGAGCUGCCACCGCCUGGAGCGCAUCGAGCUGUACGACUGCCAGCAAGUCACGCGGGCCGGCAUCAAGCGCAUCCGGGCCCACCUUCCCGACAUCAAGGUCCACGCUUACUUCGCCCCCGUCACGCCCCCUCCCUCGGUGCACGGCGGCGGGCAGCGCCUGUGUCGCUGCUGCAUCAUCCUCUGACAGUGGAGGGCCAGGGGGGGCCACCUCUGCCUGCAGGUGCUGCUGCUCUGAAAACCACAGAGGAAGGGUGAUGGAGUGGGGGCAGGGGUCGGGCUAGUAGAAGGAGAGGAGGGGCUGGACCCACUCAACUGCUUCCUGGUCCUACCCGGACCGCUACGUAGGCUCCUCCUCUUCCUCGUGAGCAUCUUCUCACACGUUUGCCAUCCUUCCUUACGACCGCCGUACAUCCAGAAUGGACAAUCACGAGACGCCACGGGCGAAACAGGACUGCCAUUUUGAGAUUUUGUUUGAACUGAGAAAAGAAGAGGCAACUUUUUUUAUUUUUGGCUUAUCGUAACGGUUCUUCCUGCCCCCCCCCCCCCCCCCCCCCCGCCUAAGUGUCAAUUCAGAGCCGCAGUGUUAAACAAAGAAGUAUUACAGCAUUUGUUUACAUCCCGGAUUAGCUUUGCACCACGCUAACUUGUUUACAUUGGUAGCCCGCCUUCCAUUCGCUACAUUUUACAAGCGGCUUCCCAUUUUGACAAUCACGCAUCAUUUGGGACAAAAGAAAAAAAAUCAUAGCUAAGCAUUUCACCCCCCCUAAUGACAGGACUCAAGGAUUAUGGGGAGAGGGAAGACUUCCAGCAGGCUAGUUUGUGGAUGAUGCAAACAAAAAAGGAUUUAAAAGAAAAAAAAGAUGGACUGGCUAAGCUGAUGCUAACGCCCUUCCCUCUUCUUUGAAAAGGUCUUUAACAGUUUUAUGUUUGAGAAAAUAAACAGAUGGAUAAAUAAAGUGAAACCAUAGGAAAUACAUGCUUCUUGAGGCAACA